CCUUCCUCAGCCUUCCCUCAGCAUGAUAAUACGGACAUUCGCAGUAUUUGCUGGUACUGCUGUUGCUCUGCAGCCAUUACCACCAGUACAAUGGACAAACACUAACACCUUAUUGGAUGGCUUUAGUGGAUUUGGAAUUCGCAAUGCGUCCAAAACCAUCUAUAUCGAAAACUCAUUCGCAGAUACUUCAGAUACCGAAGGUCUCACUCUCAUACCACCCACUGCAUUCCAAUUCGCGGAAACGUUCCGUCAAGACCUCUCAUCCUGGACCACCGCAAAUUGGACGCUUCAACGAGUCGACCAAUUUCCUGAGAACGCAUCUGGAAUCUUGUUAGGACCAUUCAGAGGACCUGAUGGUGAGGUCACCUAUGAAAACGGUGCUACGACUGAGGAGGGCUAUGAGAUCGAGAUCACCAACAGUACUGUUUACAUCGGCGGAAAAGGCGCCCGUGGCAUGUUUUGGGGUACGAGAACGCUCAUCCAACAAGCGCUGAUCGCGAAUGGAUCUUCUUUGCCGGCAGGUCGCACAGUCGAUGCGCCAGCAUAUGCGACACGCGGCUACAUGCUCGAUGCGGGUCGAAAGUGGUACACAACGGAGUUUCUCAAGGAGUUGUGCACCUAUGCAUCCUUCUUUAAGAUCUCAGAGUUCCAUUAUCACAGCAGCGAUAACGCACCUCUGAACAGAGGUCACAACGAGACAUGGAACAAGGUCUUCUCGCACUUCUCGCUCUACCCAGAGCAGAACACGGAACUCCUGGGCAUCAUUGAACGGAAGAACGAGACACUCUCCCGCGCCCAAUUUGAAGGCUUUCAGAGCCAUUGCGCGCAACGAGGAGUGACGGUCAUACCAGAGAUCGAGGCACCUGGACACGCUCUUGCCAUCACGAAAUGGAAGCCGGAGCUCGCGCUUGCGAAGAAGGACCUCCUAAACCUGACCCACCCUGAUGCAAUUCCCACAGUGAAGGCCAUCUGGAGCGAGUUUCUGCCCUGGUUCAAGACCAAGGAGGUGCAUAUCGGUGCUGAUGAGUACGAUUCUGAGCUUGCAGAUGAUUACAUUAACUUUGUGAAUGAGAUGUCCGACUUCGUCAAUUCGACGGCUGGUAAACGAAUCAGAAUCUGGGGCACCCACGAGCCAUCAGACAACCUCACCAUCUCCAAGGGUAUCAUCGUUCAGCACUGGCAAUAUGGACAAUCCGAUCCCAUUCAACUACAGAACGAUGGAUACAGUCUGGUUAACUCGGAAGACUGGUGGGCGUACAUGAGCUUGAAGAACGACCACACACCUAUCCUUCCUGCACCGUACCCGCAAUUCUACAACGCCAGCAGAACCCUGAACUUCGCAGACGUUCUUGGCUGGCAAUGGGACCCAUCGCUCUUCAACCGCGUCAACACAACAGAGCAGCUCGAGCCUGGAGCCAGCGGCAACAAGGGCGCGAUACUCGCUGCCUGGAACGACAAUGGACCUGAUGCGACUACACAACUCGAAGCAUACUACGCCAUGCGCGAAGGCAUCCCAAUCAUGGCAGCACGUGCCUGGGCCGGCAAACGGGGGGUGAAGAUCACAACUGAGAACACAAACGCAACCAUCCGAUUCCUGGCAUCCAACGCACCAGGGCAGAACCUCGACAGGCGACCUGUAUCUUUGCGUUCCACUUCGCAGGUCAACAGGCCAGUCAUCUCUUGGAACCAGCGAGAUGGACAGAUGGCUCAGACUUUCGGCAAAGGCUCUUUCGGUCCACCAUACACACUGAGCUUGAACGUCUCAUCCUCAUUUGCGAUCAAAGGGGCCGAUACUUCAUUGGCUAUCAGCAAGGUCAUUACGGACGCAACUACCAACUCUUCCGUCUCGACACUCGUCUUCACCACCGCAGACGGCUUCCCCUAUCCCCUCCGCAACGUCUCCUACGACGACUACGACCCCGGCCACCCCGGUCGCAUCUGGACGAAUGUGUCAACCUCGACCCACGAACCAGUUCCCAUCACGCUCCCAGUGCGACUGCGCAUCGAGACGGACAUCUACAAUGGUAGUCGCGUAUGGGUUAACGAAAAGUUCGCGGGACGAUUCGAGGUUUUUGUGUUUGGUGGGCGCAAUACAGUGUUCAGCUGGAGCCAGAUGGCGCUUGUAGCGCCACUGGACAGUGUAGAUGGUGGAGUCGACAGCUUCAAACUGGAAGAUGGGGUUGGGAUGUAUAACGUCACGGCUGGGAAUGGUAGUUAUGAUGCUGGGCCGCUGGAGCGGAAUGGUGCGGUGAGUGGGAAGAGUAUUGGCACUGCAUUGCAGGUCGUUGUUGGGUUCACGAUGAUCUAUCUGCUUGUCUAAGCAUGAUACCGUGUGCUGCUA